CGGGAGCUGUAGUCAGCAGCGGGGCCUGCUCCGCUCGGCGCCCGGCGGAGGAUGGCCUCCCGCUCCCUGCCGGCCGCCCGGCGCCGCCUCGGGGCCCUGCUCUCCCUCGGCGCGCCCCGGCACGGCAGUUUGUACUUCAGGGUGUCCCCAUGUGUUUUCAGCACUGCAGCUCAGCAGAGAAGUACAGGAGAUGAGUGUGGCCCAGAAGAUCCCCACGAUGAGCCAAAGUAUCCCCUUUCUGAUUGUGCCUUAGAGCACAAAGCCAUCAAAUUGGAAGAGCAAGUCCGGGAUUUAACUGAGCGAUACCGGAAAGCUUUGGCAGAUUCUGAGAAUGUCCGGAGGAGAACCCAGAAGUUUGUGGAAGAUGCCAAACUCUUUGGAAUCCAGAGUUUCUGCAGGGACCUCGUGGAAGUAGCAGAUAUCUUGGAGAAGACUACUGAGAGUGCUGCAGAAGAAGCAGAGCCUAGUAAUCCAAAUAUGACUCUAAAGAAAAUCUAUGAAGGCCUGUCGCUCAUAGAGGCCAAGUUGCAAAGUGUAUUUGCCAAACAUGGCCUUCAGAAGAUGAACCCUGUUGGGGGCAAAUAUGAUCCAUACGACCAUGAAAUCGUCUGCCACGUACCAGCCGAGGGAAUACAGCCGGGCACGAUAGCACUGGUGACUCAGGAUGGCUACAAACUCCACGGUCGCACUAUCAGACAUGCACUCGUCGGUGUGGCGGUAGAGUCACAGGAAUGACGUUGGCUUGCCUCCUUGGCAUCUGGGACCUGAUGGAGCUGAGGACCUCUCAGCACUCUGACAAUGCAGCUGCAUGUCUUUACUUAUUUAUUAAGCUAGGUUUGUAUUGUACGUUGGCUUCUUUAUAAUGUGUGCAGUCAUUCUGUCAUUAAUUAUAAGGUACUUGUAUAUUUAAUAAUCCUUUUUGGAGUACAUGGAGUAGUACUAGUUCUAUUUGUCAGGAAUGCUCCUUUCUCUGUUGCUCAUUUCUCCAUUAAAACUUGUACAGGGAAGGGGAUAUGAGAGAGAAAGAGAAAUUCUCUGAGAUUUAGGGAAUCUUGUCUCUCAGCUCCAUCUCUGAGACAGAUGCCUGCAGUGGCCUUCAGGCAAGUAACUCCUCUGCCUUGGUUUCUGUAUCUGUAAUAAGGGAGUAUAAUAAUACUUAUUGACCUACCUCACAGGGAUGUGGUGAGGCUUUUUUUUUUUUUGCAAAGCACUCAAAAGAGGAAAAGCUCAAAGGGCUGAGUAUUAUUAUUGGUCUAAUUCUGGUGUCUUCCAUUGUCCCCAGAGCCCUUAGAUGAGGAUCAAGAUGAUUACUUGAAUUGAUAUUUGGGGCCAAUUUUUUUCUUACAUCGUUUCAGGAAAAUAAUCCUGGAUUAAUGAAAUCUCUGUCAUGCUACAGUUGAAUAGGGAUGCAGCUUUAAAUAGAAUUCAGUUGUUGUAUCAGACUUCAAUGUGUUAGUAUUUGUUCUCCACAUAAAAUUUCAGCUUGACACCUUAUUCCUUGAGGUAAAACAGGGAGUGAUGGUUCUUGGUAGAGCCAGAAAACUCUUCUCAAAUCUCUCUCCAACCAAAAAGUAUAUUUUAUAGGAGAGUAAUCUCUCUUCCCUGAUGGGUAUUUGUGCAUCUUUCAAGCAUGAUAAACUGUAUGCUCUUUGUUGCAGCUUUUGGCAAAAUGGAGAUGUGCCCUUAAGUAGGAAAUCUGGACUGUUUUAUUUUCUUGAGCUUUCCAAUAACGGUACUCAGAUAACACUAACUUCCAGCUCAUAAUCAUAUUCUACUUCUGUGUAGUCAUAGUAAAUAUUAAACCUUCUGUUUAUUUUUUUUUUCUUGACACAAGGAGAAAAAAUCACUUCUACUAAAAGUCUCAAGUGUCCUUGAAACAAUUUUAGCAGCAGUGACAAGAAAGCUGGAGAAGCAGAAGGCAGGGGAAGUGAAAGCUUACCUCAAGCCAUCCUCCUAGUUGGAAGCAUGUUGUUAUCACAGUAUGCCAUAUGUAUUUCCCAGUGGUCCUUUUCUCUGGGAGUCCAUUUAUAUCAGCUGAAAGGAUGUGGUCACCCAGUAAGAUCAGAAUUUAACCCCUUAGAGAACAGUAAGCAGAAGAGUGGCAGAAGAGUUAUAUAAGCCAGGCUGUGGUUUACACUACGUAAAAAGCAAAGCAGGCAUGGUGGUUUUCAGGUUCUUACAGAUUCAUUAAUUCCUGCCUUUUUGCUUUCUAGAAUUGGAUCUGUGGCCUGACAGUUAUUUGAGAUCCACUUGCAAAAGCUCUUUAUUUAUGGUGGAUGCCGUCACUGGUUUGGAAGAAAGCUUAUUCUUCUCCCAUUCCUUUGCAGGUUUCAGUUGCAUAAUCCUUUUGUGAUGAACUUCGAGAUAACAGCAGCCUUCAGUUAGCAGCUGUCAGCAGUCUUGCAUGUCAAGAGAUUCUAUGCAGAGCACAUGCAGCUAAUUGGCUGUCACUGCAGAUUUUUUAGGAAGAUGCACAUUUUGAAUAUGCUUCAUGCAAGCUGCUUUAGUGACAGCCAGAUGGGGGUGACUCAGUAGUGGAUACAAGUGCGGUUUCGUGCCUUGUAGUUGGGUUUUCAGAGGGGUACUUGAGGCUUCAUACCAGCACUAGAUCACUUUGGAAAAAGCUCUAGUUCAGUACUCUGGUUUCAUCACACUGCUGGAAAUUUUAGAGAUACAAAGGACUUCCUGCUCAUUGUUUUUGCUGACUGUACAUGCCAGCUGGGUAACCAGGUUAUGCUAUUAAUCGAGGCAGAGAACAGGUGAAAUUUGUGAUGUGGCAAUGCAAGUCUUCUUGUUUUGCCUGGUGACUGCCUGCAGCCUGUUUUGUGGAAACUGUAGCUUCAGUUGGAGCAAUUGGUUCUUCUCUGCCUCUUCAGUCCCUGGUAUAUCAGCUGAGUCUUUCUGCAAAUAUGAGGGGAGAGCUAGUUAUGGAAACUAAUUUGUAAUGUGAAGUGUUAGUUAUAAGAAACCAAACAAAACCACAGGCAUUUCACAUAACAGGUAGUUUUCAGUCAUAGAAAGGCUGCAGCUUAUCUGAGCCAAACAUAAAAGUAGCAUGUGGCCAAAAGUAAUGGGAUACAAAGCAUCUUUAUACUGACCCACUGAGCAACCUGACUGUGAAAGUAUGCUGCAUCUGCUUGGUCCACCUUUGGACCACUUGCCAGGCCUGCCUGUGACCUCAGCUAGUAUUCACCCUCUUUUGCCUUAAAGAAAUACCCUAAAAUGCACUCCAGACACUUUCCAUCUGUAAUAAGAGGUUAUUGAUUCAGCUUCUGUAUCUGGGAUCCGCUUUCAGUGAGCUACUGUUGUAUGGCUGGAGCAGAGAUCUGAGGUAUUGGGUUCCCGUGCAGUAUUUAUGAGCCUCCUACAGGCCCGGUUUAAUUUGGGGCACGCUUUUUUCCCAGUUCAUGCCUCAAAUUUUAAAAUCUAUGAAACUUCUAUAAGGUCCGAUCGGGCUUUUAUGAUGGUUAUUGCAAGAUGUACCUAUUGCUUAGAGACUUAGAGAAAUUACCAAAGAGAUAGAUACUGUUGUUUGUCCUAGUUUUCUGCUUAAUUGCAAUUGUGAAAUGAGAAUGAAAUAACCAAACCUUGAUUCCAACGCAAAAUUUACAUUUCCUAAGCAAAAUUUGAUUCUCUUGCCUUUCAAGCACACUUAACGAUCUCUCUUACUGUGGAUGAGAUUGCCUAAGGAUGGAGUGAAUUUCUCCUUUGCAGAUUGUAGCUCCCAUGUCUUCCCCGGUUGUGUAAAGCUCACACACUGAGUGCGGUGGAACAGAGUUCCCUUUGGUGCAGUUCCAUCAUGCUCUGCAGUGACACCAAAGAGGAGUCUGAUUCAUGAGCUUCUUCUCUCUGGUCACUUUAUUCAAUGACUCUUGAGCUUGUAGAAGGAACAGAAUAGCAGAGGAUAGGAAGUAUUGCGUACCUCUUACUCAUUUCCACUCCGUUUGCCCAGCCAUAAACUGAACUGGGACUAGAUAACCCCUGCGUGCAAUGGUGAUGUGUGGACCUGCAUUUCUGCUCUCAGAAAGAGGGCAGCCCUGCUGCACAGGGGCUCUGGCCUUGUUCUGUGACCCCACCAUAUUGUGCCAGCAUCUUAGCUCUGACCAGGAGCAGUGCAGAAUGUGAAUGUUGCUUUGUGAACCUUAAGUUCUCAGUGCUUCAUCAGGAGAGCUUCUGUUGAAAGAGAACAGCUGUGAUAAAUCAAUGGCUAUAGGAAGUCCUUUAAAAAAAAAAAAAGUAUUUAAGUUUUAUAUUGUGAAUAUUGUCAUAUUUUAUUUUAAAAGAUGUUUUGAUAUUACUUGCAAAGUCAACAAAGUGUUGCUAAUCUCCAAAAAUCUUAAUUUUGUUUAGUUGGUGGGAGACCUGUAUAUACUGUAUGUUUUUGUGUUUCUGUGCUCUGUGUUUAACCAAUGGUUCUGGCUGUAUGAAAGAGGAAGACUCAAGUGUGGGAGUGGUGCAAAUAAUUGACAACAACAUUUGAGUUAAUGUUGGAAAGGGCUGAUUUUCUUUACAUGUCCAGAUACUGUCCAUUUGCUAAUGAUAAUAAAAAA